UCCCGCAUCCCACAGCCAGGAUGCUGCUCAGCUUCCGCAGGAACCGCCGGAGCCAGUUCAAUCAUAUCAUCCAUGGUUUCCUCCCAGCAGCCAGCAUUGCUCCGAAGCCGGCUGUGCCGCGUACACCUCCUCCCCGAAGCCUCAACCCAUCUCCAGAGAGACCCAGGUCUGCUCUGGCUGCCGUCAUCCUGGCAACCACGCUGACUGGACAGACGGUUGCCAUUCCUCAGCCUCGCCAGAGAUCCCGGUCUGAGAGUGACGCCUCCUACGUUGAAAAGGACAGCUUCAUCGAGCCCUAUGCCACCACCUCAGAGCUGAGGCUUCGGCAAAGCUGGCAGAAUGAUGAGCCGGGAAGAGCUUCCUUAGCCUCCUUUGACACUGUAGGCUGCGUGAAGGACGGGGAUGCUGGCACGCAGGUGUCCGUCAGCUCCAGGGGGCCAGAGUCCCAGUCCUGGAAGGACCUGGGAGAUGGCAGAGAUGCUGCAUAUGCCCUGCCUCACAGGAAUCAGGUACCGUCCUCACAAAAGAUGGUGGGAGAAGAUGACACUUCUGAGCAAGAUGGGUUUGCAGACUCCUCCUCCUCCUCCUCAGCACAGCACACUCACCACAGAGAUGGUAAAUACUCUGCGCUGAAUCUUGAGGAUGAGAAAGCGCCAUUGCGUGAAAAGCCUCCUCCCUCUCCAGAUGUAGCCAGUAGAGUACAGCGAUAUACAGAAAUAACCAAAGAAAAGUUUGAGGAAUUAAGAGAAGAAACUGCGCAUCUACAGGCCGCAAACCAGUCCCUCGGCCUUGAACUGAGUGCCAUGAGACAAGCAAUGAAGGAGUUACAGCUGAAGCUUAAGAGGGUGGAAAAGGAUAACAGGAGGCUGAAGGAGGCGGAAAAGGCAUCCUCUCAGGAAGUAGUCUCGCCGGAAUUACUUUGCCUGAGGAAGCAAGGCCAGGACCUGGUGGAUGAAAACGAGGGAUUGAAGAUGAUUGUCCACCGUUUGAACGUAGAACUCAGUCGCUACCAAACGAAAUUCAGGCAUUUGUCUGAAGAGGAGAAUUCCCGUGUUGAAGGCCUCCCAUCAAAGGGCCCCACACCUCCCUGGCUGCUGGAUGUCAGGUAUCUCUCACCACUCUUGCUGGCUUAUGAGGACAGAAUGAAAGAGAAGGACGAACUCCACGCCACCCUGGAGGAGGAAAUGCAAACCUUUAGGAUGCGAGUCCAAGAAGUGGUGAAAGAAAAUGAAGGAUUGCAUCAGCAGUUAAAUAAGAGUAGCCCUGUUACCAGCAAGGAAUGGCAACAGCUUCAGGCUCAAGCACAGUUGGUUCUAGAUGAAAACAAGCUAUUGAUCGAGCAGUUGGAGAUUCAGCAAACAAAAGCCAGGGACACCCACCAGGAGCAUGUCCAAGAAGUUUCUAAGCUGACUAAACAGCUCGUGCUCCUGGAGGCAAAGACCCAGGACCAGGAACAGCAGCUGAUGGAGAGCAAGGAGCAGCUGGGGAGCUUGCAGGCCAAAUGCCGAGAACUCAAAGCACAGCUGGACAGCAAGAUCGCCAUGGACGUUCAUACGUCAAUUGUCAAUGAACUGAAAAGCCAGUUGCAAAAGGAAGAAGAGAAAGACCGUGCUGAGAUGGAGGAGCUGCUGGGAAAGCUGACGGCCCUGCAGGUGCAGAAGAAGAGCCUGCUUGUGGAGAGGAGCAGCUGGGCCAGCAGGGACAAAGCUCUGCAGGCCGAACUGGAGCACAUGCGCAAGGCAAACAGGCAAUACCAAAAGAAGAUUGAUGUCCUCAGGAAGCAAGUGGAGAAAGCCAUGGGGAAGGAGAUAUCUGCCCACCAGUACCUGGCAAACCUGGUGGGCUUGGCAGAGAAUGUCACCAAGGAACGAGACAGUCUUAAGUAUUUGGCUCAGUGUCUAGAAACUGAGAAGCAUGGAGUCCUCAACAAAAUCCUGAAAGGCAACAUCCGCCUGGGAAAGCUGGAGGAGAGGGUGAAGGGGUACAAGAAACAGGCGGCCCUGAAGCUGGGGGACAUCCAUCACCGCCUGAUGGAGCAGCAGGAGGACUUUGCUGGCAAAGCAGCUCAGUACCAGAAGGAGAUGAGGCACCUGCAGCGGAUGCUGCAGGAAAAGCAAGAGGUCCUGGACGAGGCGCUGCAGCAGAAAAGAGAAAUGGAAGGUGAGCUUGAAAUGGUUCUGGAGUCCACUGCCAAGGAGAACAAGAGGAUGCGAGGCCUUCUCCAGGCCACCCUGGAGAGGGGAGGCACACAGCACAGCGGAGCUCGGGAGGACACUGGCUUUGGUGGCCUCACUCAGGGAGACCUGCUGGUUGGCCACGAUUUCAGCUAUGGCGACGUACAGCUUCCUGCUACCACUGCCCGCCAGAGUCUGGGGGAGUCCCUGGCAUAGGCCUCCUCAGCUGAGGGGACUUCCCCAAAGCUGGUGGGUAGGAGAGCCAGUGUGACAAGGAAGCCACUGAGUGUCAUAGGCACUCAGAAAGA